AUGUCGGCUACUUACGAUGUACAGACCUACCUGUUGGACCGGGCCAACAUUCACGACACAGUCUUCAAGCUAAUGCAAAGCUUUGACGAGGUUGAUACCCCCAAGCUGGUCAACGCCGUCUAUGCACCCAAGGUGCACCUGGACUACACGGCCAUCAUGGGCGGCGAGCCGCAACACCUCGAGAGCGAGGUCUGGGCCAAGAGCCUCGAGCCUAUCCACAGCGCCUAUGAGGCGACCCAGCACGUUGUGCAGGAUCUCCUGAUUGAGCUGCCCCAGCCCACGGGCAAGUCCAAGCCCAGACCCAACAGCUGCACCGCAAUCUGCGUCGGUGACGCCAAGUUCUACCGCCGCAAUGGCGAUGGUCUGCCUUGCGUCAUGGAGAGGCGCACCGGUGGCCGCUAUGAUCUGGAACUUGUCCGUGUCCCCGAGCUCGAGGAGAAGGGCGAGAACCCCUGGAGAAUCAGCAAGCAGACAGUCAAGCUUAGUGUCAUGGAUUUGGGCGCCGCCCCCGAGGCCAAGUAG